CGGCGCUCCCGGGCGGCCAUCUUGGUGACGGGCGCGUUGGCCGGGCAGGGCGGCCAUCUUGGGGGGACGGGUGCGGAGCCGCCAUGAGCGCCGUACCGGGGUCACCGGCUCACUCCGGCGGAUGAUGAGAUGUACCAGCGGACGCGGGUGAUGGUGCUGCAGCCGGAGUCCCCCAACAUCAUGUUCAUCGAGGGCUACAGCACCCGCGGCUUCACCAUCAGCGGAGACCUGGUGGUGGGGCCCUGCGCCGUCCUGCCCCGCAGCAUCCUCCAGUGGAACGUGAGUGCCCGGCGGCGGGGCCGGGGCUGCCGGGCGCCACCGCGCGCCGGGGCAGCUCCCCUCAACGCCCGCCGUGUCCCCGCAGGUUGGCUCCCAUCGCGACAUCUCUAUCGAGAGUCUGUCGCUGUUCCGGCUGCUGGAGCCCCAGAUAGAGAUCCUGGUGCUGGGCACGGGGGACAGGGUGGAGCGGCUGCACCCUGCCAUGAUGAAGCAGAUGCGGGAGUGCGGGAUUGCUGUGGAGGUGCAGGACACGGCGAAUGCAUGUGCAACCUUCAACUUCCUCAUGAAUGAAAGGCGCGUGGUGGCUGCUGGGCUCAUCCCCCCGCGGGGCACCUAAGGCGUGUAGGCACUGCCUGCCAUGCCCAUGGGCUGAGUGGUUCCUCCCCUGCCCGCCUGAAGCCCGCGAGGGUCACUGCUCCAUAGUGAACUGUGGAGCUGUCGGCUCAGUGAUGACUCUGCCACAGGAGGGAUGUGAAAUACACGGGCUUAGCUCCUCCCUGCAGUCUCUGGCUUCUUGGCCUCCCUGCCAAAUCUGGGCUGGAGACUGUGGGGCACAGCACAAGGCUUUGCUGGUGGCACUGCUUCCACAGCCCUGCCAAGGUCAUGCCCCACACCUUGGCAGCAAGAAGUCUCACCUGAGGGAGGGUAAAGGCUGGUGGGGUGAGCUGUACAUCCCCAGGCACACCUGGAGCUCCACGAGGAAAAUAAAAGCAGGAAGUACAAGAAA